GAGACUUUCUGUAGCAUUACAAAUCUGGAAGCCGUCUUACGUCAAUCGCCAAUCAAACGGUCAAAAUGUCUCCAUCAUCCGCCAUGUUGGUGUGGUUGGGAGUCGGGCUGAUUCAACUCCUGGGCGGUGCCAUCUGUGCACCGCUGGAUGCUGCAUCAUCUGUGCAGGUGUCGAUCGAAACCAUACCGGAUCUUGCAGCGUUCCGUAAGGCAAAUCCCGGUCUAGAAGUUGUACCGCUCACGCCACGUUUGAUGAGCGUACCGGAGGCCGGCAGUACCCGACAGAUGAUCACCUACACCGUCGGAUCGUUAUCGUCCAGCGAUCGAUUGGUCGGGCUGACAUCGAAACAGCAGUCUUGGUCGACACCGCAGGACGUUAAGCUCGACCUGAGAUACCCAACAGCCGGCGUUGGUGAUAUCGUGACGUACGUCGAGGUAGUGGUCCAGCAAAGUACAUCCACGGGCCGAGGCUACAUCGUAUCUGGUGGUGUGGGUCAACGCAACAUACGGCUGGUAAUUGAAGCGUACGGUACAUACUACUUCGACUACAAUGCGGCCAUUUACGGAAGGUAAAUGUGCAGUUCGCGCUCUAUCGCCGUUAAUGGUUUUGCCCAAUGUUUUCAAGCAUCAACGUAUAACCUAUUAUAAAAUAAAAACAAUUGCACGCUGAGUCAA